AGCCAUGCCUCACUCGUUCGGUUAUCGCGCUCGUACCCGCUACAUGUUCUCGCGGAACUUCCGUGAGCAUGGUCCGCUCCACCUUUCGACCUACCUGAAGGUCUACAAGGUCGGCGAUAUCGUUGACAUCAAGGGCAACGGUGCCGUCCAGAAGGGUAUGCCCCACAAGUUCUACCACGGGUAACGUAUCGAAAAAAGGCAAAGCAAAAGGCCGAUGUGCAUAUGCCAGUUGUGUGUGAGUGCGGAUCAGCAGGCAGAGGGCUAACCAGUGCGCGAUGGCAUGGAAUUCUGUAGUAAGACCGGUGUCGUGUACAACGUCACCAAGUCGGCCGUCGGUAUUAUUGUCCACAAGAAGGUCGGUAACCGCUACAUGGAGAAGCGUGUCAACAUCCGCAUUGAGC